UGAUCUACCGCCAUCUCAGAAGCUUCCUCCACAUGGUUACCCCCUAGAACAUCCUUUUAACAAGGUCAGUCCAUACCUUUGUUAAUAAUUUUAAAGCCAUACUAUGGCAUGAAUAUUGCCAUGCCCCAAAUCAUGACUGGCACUAACUGGUUGGUAGAUUUUAUGUCAUAGUCUUGUUGCUCGUGUUUUUCAACCAUUUUCAUUGUGUUUGGUGUUGUUGGAGCCUCCCACUCAGCUGUUCUUAGGGUCGGACCAUCUUUUUGAGGCUUUGAUCUUUAAACAUUUUAUUAUUAUUAUUAUUAUUAUUAUUAUUAUUAUUGUUAUUAUUAUUAUUAUUAUUUAUUAUUGCUGGCGACAAGAGGAACCCGCAAUCCUAAUCUCCAGGUUGUUAUUACGCAUGAGUCGCAUGUACAGUGUACUGUAUGUAGCCAGCAUUCGUUUGGACUUCCAUUAAGAAUGAAUGGAAUGUACACGCAAUUUGAUCGCGCGCGUUUUGACCUUUUAUCUCUCGUUAUUUGAUCACGCGUGUUUUGACUCUCACGUGAAACUUUCGCAAAGCACAGCGAUGGAUCAAAAGCGUUUUUACCUUCGACGUUGUCGCCCGUACUCCUUAACCUUUGGUUGUUACUAGUUGUUAAUUUAAUUACCUUCCAAACGAAAUUUUCUAAACGGAGUAAACUUCCGUUUGGAAAGCAAAUUGCAAAGUAGUUCUCUCGUUUCAGUGAAUUUAAAACUAUUCUUAAGUGAGAUAAAGAAAUUUCAUUGAAGCGGGAAAACUUCCUGUCCUGGAGAUGUUAUUAUCAUUAAAAUGGCUUCAUUUAACGAAGCAAUCAUUUUUUUACCGUCUUGUGCAGUCUGAAUCAUGAAGGUUUGCGUAUUUUGACUCUCUUCUAUCAAAGCAACCAGAUAAUUUCUGCGGUCCUUGUCUCGCCAGAUCGCGUUAUUAUUUACUGUGUUCAUUGUUCAUGAGACUGUGACGACGAACUGGCAAAUUAGUUCGUUAUCUGUACAUUCGGUGUAGCCGGAAAAAUUCAAAAACCAAUUUGAGUGACGAGUUUACUUCUAAGGUGAUGGCAGGACGUUCCUGUUGUGCUGAUGAUGGCCACUUUGCUUUGCUUUACGACGUUUUUUUCUUGCGUCAACGGAACGAAUCCUUGUCGGAUGGAAAAAGGAGCACCCAGAUUCGAGACUAAAGAAGGAACUAACACAAAGGAUUUUGUGGUAACUUGUAAACUAAACAGCCAAGUUCGUGGAAUGAGGUAUCGGUUCGACAUCAGCUGGGUUUUAAAUACCUUCAUAGAUGCUGAGAGCAAGACUAUAAUUGACACUACAGUCUGGUUCAGCUGCUUGUCUCCAAUGGAACUUGAAUUUGUUAAUCCGCAGUCUCAGAACAUUGUUAAAAAGAAUAUUAUACUAAGUCUGUCAUUCAAGGGCGAGUGCCAAUUGUUAAUGGAAAAUCUUGUUGUGUGGGCCAAGGCAACCGAUUUACGUGUAUUAGGUUUUCAAGGGAAGAAAUUAAGCGUCACUCGCUCAACCAAUUUAACUGUUGCAAAAUACUUUAAAGAAAUUUCUGCUAUCGCUGUUGACAAUCAUGUUGAAAAUUUACCAGGCAUGUUUACGGAUACAAGGAAUAUCUUUCCAAAGAUGCAACGAAUGGCGUUAUACCAUAUGUCAAUUUCCUGGGUUCCGGAACAAUGGAAGUCUACCAUGCCUCGGUUGCAAUACCUCUACCUGAAAAAUAACAACUUGACCAAGCCACCGCAGUUCCCUUGGAAUAACUCCUCUCUUGAAAUCUUUCGUACGUUAACAAAAACGGAAGAUUCCAUUGAACAAGACGUGAGGAAUUUUGGAGUCCAUGUUGCAAAAAACAUAUAUGUCCGUGGCUUAGACUUGAGUUACAAUAAAAUCGAAGAUCUAUCCUCUCAUGAGUUUCGCGGGUUCUUGCAUAUAAUACGUCUUGAAGGAAAUGGCUUAAAAAGCGUUGGACCAACAUGUUUUUCUAAUUUGAAAGGAAUCCAAACGAUUGAUCUGCGCAGAAACAAACUAACUUCCCUGCCUAAAAAUCUAUUUCAGGGAUUAAGUUCCGUGUUAAAUAUUUCUCUUGGAAAAAACAACUUAUCAUUCCUUGAACAAAAUCUGUUUGAAGGAUUGGAAAAUAUCAAGCAAAUUCAUCUAGGACAUAACAAUCUCGCUUCUCUUCCUGAUGGAUUGUUUCAUUCUCUUCGCAGUCUGGAAGGUGUGCGUUUAGAUGCUAACAAGAUCACAAAAAUUGAGCAAAACCCAUUCCCCAAACACUCCGGUUUACGCUGGCUUAAUCUCCGAAAUAACAAGCUUUCUUCCUUUCCUUCCUGGAUUUUUGGGCUAAUAAAAAUUGAAGUAAUUGAUCUUUCAUUUAAUGAACUGACAUUUCAAGAUCUUGAGAAGGCAUUAGAAGAUUUUGAUCAACCAAUAUAUAGUGAUCCACUUGAAAAAACACCCAUAGUUCUUAAUUUGAGCAACAAUAACAUCAGCACGCUAAUAGAUUCCGCUGGUUUAGAACAAAUAAAAGUGGACAGAUUGAUUCUUCCUUUGCGCCAAUCCAAGUUUAUCUAUCUUUGGAAAGCCUACGUUAUCAAGUUGAGCGGAAAUCCAUUAGCUUGUGAUUGCAUUAUGUGGGCUGUCGCGAGGGAAGUUAGAAAGAUUUUAAAAACAAAUCCUAAAAUCAAGCCACGUUUCGACACCUGGAUAUGUGACUGGCCUUAUAGAGUUAAAGGUAAAUCGAUUCUGGAGUUAGGAGAAAAUCAGUGGAUGCCAAGAAAAAGUCCUCCGCAAAAUUGUCCACCAAAAUGCUUCUGUCAGGAACGUUGUUUGGAUGGUAUUGUUAUCGUCGAUUGCGAGGAAAGGAAUCUCACAAAAUUUCCCAGUAUAAUGCCACAAGGUAUAAUCGAACUCAACUUAAUAAACAAUGAAAUUAAGGACAUUCCAGCGUAUUCCUUUUUAACAAAUGUGACUGUUUUAAAACUGACAAAUAACAAAAUUGAUCAGCUUCAAGCAUCCGUACUGCAGACACUACGAAUUAUUAACGAAUUGCAGAUUGAUUCUAAUAAGCUAACAAGUUUACCCAGGGAAAUUGAAUCAAUGAAUUUUACGGAAUUGGCACUGGAUCAAAACUUGUUUAAAUGCGACUGUACAACCAAAUGGAUGAAACAGUGGCUUCUGAACAACAGAGAUCACGUACGAAACAUUGGAAAGGUGCUUUGCAACUCAGGAAACACUUUUGGUCAAGCAAUAUACAGUUUGCCAAAUAACAAUUUCAUUUGUUACAUGACUACCGAAAGGCCCAUUUCUGAAGAUGAAAAUGAGUUUCCAGAAACCAUAGUGGCUUCAUUUCUUGGCGGUCUCCUCCUAACGAUCUUAAUAUUGGUGGCUCUGUUGUACAAGUACCACAGGGAAGUUAAGGUUUUUAUGUUCACUCAUUUUAACUGGCACCCUUUUGAUCGCAUCGAUGAUUCCGAUCCAAGCAAAAUAUAUGACGCCUUAUUAUCGUACAGCAAAGAUGAUUUACCGUGGGUCGUCGACACUCUACUCAAGGGCCUGGAAACUCAAGAUCCUCCUUACAAAAUAUGCUUUCACCACCGCGACUUCCUUGUCGGAGCAGCGAUUGAAGAAAAUAUUUUGAAAAGCGUCGAUCAAAGCAAACGCAUGCUGAUGGUUUUGUCUCCCAGCUUUGCAAGGAGUGAGUGGUGCUUGCUGGAGUUUCGUGCUGCACAUCGUAAAGUGUUAGAAGAUCGUAUGAAUUAUCUAAUAAUUAUUCUGUUCGAUGACGUUGACGUAGCCGAGCUGGAUGACGAAAUUAAACUGUACAUGCGCACUAAACAAUACGUAAGAGUCGGUGAUAAGAAUUUCUGGCAAAAAUUGUAUUACGCGAUGCCGCAGCGUAACCAGGCUCGAGAAUCACUGGAGAACAGAAAUCAGAACCAAGCUGCGAACUAUGAGGACUCCGGCAAUACAAUUCCAGAAACUGUAGUAGGAAUAGAUCAGAGCAAUGGUGACACCAUAUUACUGGUGCAAAAAAGAUAG